GAAGUAUUCCUAACGAGUGACCACCAUGUCGUUUGACUUAACCACACCAGUUAAUACAGCCCUUCUUCUCUACAUUCUCUACACCGUGCAGCGUAUUCUCUUUCCAUCCAACAGCGUUCCCAGUACAGUGCCCAUAGAGUUUAAGAGUGGGUACUCAUGGAUGCCCAAGUCUCACCCUCCCACCUUGUUGUUCAAGACAUAUACUCCCAAGACCCUUGAACCGUUCAAUGGCGAGGAGGGAAAGCGCAUCCUUCUCGCGAUUAAGGGUGUCGUGUACGACGUGACCGCUGGAAGGAAUUUCUACGGGCCUAACGGGAUGUAUGCUAACUUUGCAGGGCGAGAUGCCUCUAGGGGAAUGGCUAAGCAAUCCUUUGAUGUCGAAAUGCUUACGCCUAUCGAUCAACCGCUUGACAAGUUGGAGGAUCUCACUUCGGAAGAGAUGUACUGAGAGUAUGAAGGGUUGGAUGGACCAUUUCUCGAGCAAGUAUAUCGUUUGUGGCCGACUCGUGGAAAAUGAUGCCACCUAGAUGCUUCCACUGCGGCACGCUGUUAACUCUUCUUUCCCUGUAUUUCUGUAUGCUAUACCUUUUGGAGUUGCUAUUCAUGCGAGUGAUGAUCAACCCC